GAGCUCCAAAGGGGAACUUUGAAGAGCUCAAUUUUUUAUUGUAUAUCAGUGAGCCACAUGUUUGGAAGACGCGGAUACACCGGAGGGUAAAUAAAUAUAUAUUUUUUAUAAAAUUAAUAAAACUCACUUUGACAUAAACAGUGGGGGGAAUGAGUCAUCGCACUGAAAUCAAGUGAUCCUGAGAUACAGAGUGCUGCGGGGCUCAAUUGUGCAGAACUUCGACUCCAAAGACAAAUGACGUUUAACGACGAAAGGUGAAAUCUGGUGAAAAUAACGCUUUAAUUAAAUUAAAAAGGAAACUUCUUUCAUUGUGUCUUCAGCCGAGGGAGAUGUUGGAAGAUAACGCAUGUGAAUUAAAACGGAGGAUUUUUACAAAAUAACACUUUCCCUUUAGCUUGAAUUGGAAAUUCCGGGAUUUUUCUUUUUAAUUAUUAAACAUUGUUUCCGCAAAAAAAGAAAGGAUGAAUGGCAGCAGCGAAUGUCCGAAAACUUUCCCCAAGGACCCAACAAUUCCUGCUAUAAUGUUUAUUUUUGGGGUCGUUGGGAAUGUGAUCGCAAUCGUCGUGCUUUGCAAAUCCCGCAAGGAGCAGAAAGAGACAACUUUCUACACGCUAGUCUGUGGUCUGGCUGUGACUGACCUCCUGGGGACAAUGCUCGUUAGCCCUGUCACCAUUGCCACAUACGUGAAAGGAUCCUGGCCGGGUGGUGACCCUCUGUGCCAGUACUCCGGGUUCAUUCUGCUCUUCUUUUCGCUGUCAGGUCUCAGCAUAAUCUGUGCCAUGUCGAUUGAAAGGUACAUGGCUAUCAACCAUGCGUACUUCUAUAACCAUUAUGUGGACAAAAAACUCGCAGGCUUAACUCUCUUUGCCAUUUAUUUUUCGAACAUCCUGUUUUGCGCCUUGCCCAGCAUGGGCUUGGGACACGUAAAGAUGCAGUACCCCUGCACCUGGUGCUUCAUUGACUGGAGAAGUAAUAAGAGCAUACACGCAGCGUUCUCCUACAUGUACGCGGGAUACAGUUCUUUUCUCAUCUUGGCCACGGUGGUCUGUAAUAUCCUGGUGUGCGGAGCCCUUAUCAGGAUGCACAGAAAGUUUGUUAGGAGGACAUCGCUUGGCACGGAUCAAGGCAGGAUUGCAGACCUUCGGAGGAGAAGGAGUUUUGGGCGUCUGGCUGGAGCAGAAAUCCAAAUGGUCAUCUUGCUUAUAGCCACAUCUGUGGUAAUCCUCAUCUGUUCGAUACCGCUGGUUGUGCAAGUGUUUAUUAACCAGCUGUACCAGCCUCAAGUGGAAACGAAGAUUGAAAACAAUCUCGAUCUCCAAGCAAUUCGCAUUGCAUCGGUAAAUCCCAUCUUGGAUCCCUGGAUCUACAUUCUGUUGCGCAAAGCUGUUGUCCUGAAGCUCAUUGAGAAGAUCAAGUGCCUGUUCUGUAGGAUUGGUGGGCGAAGAAGGCGGACAGGAGGCAACUUCCACUGCAUAGAUGGACAGAGGUCAUCAGUGCUCUCCCGUGAUUCACCAUCCCUUGUGUCUCGGGAGCUAAGGGAAGUCAGCAGUACUUCCCAAACUUUAUUGUACCUCCCAGAAAAUGGAGAGAACUUCAUUGGGAGUUUUAGGACAGGACAAGGAAGGUUGGACUCAGGCAACUCUGUCGACCGGUCUUCUUUUAGAAACUUGCGGAGCUCCGAUUCUUCACAUGAGCAGGAUUUAGAAUGCAGCAAUUUAGUAAAGCAAUCUGGCUGCUUGAGCCCUUCGAAUAUGAACCGGUCACCUACGUAUCAAAAGGACCAGGCUCUGCAUGUGACUUUUACAGCUGAAACAUUAAAUUUGCAGGAAAAAUGUAUAUAGCUCCAUGAAUUUCAUAUUCCAUCCUAAGAUGACUUUUAGGCAGCUUUUGAUGAAGAUGUGAUUAUGGCCCUCUCCUGCACAUAACUGUCACAAAAUGGCCUUUAUGAAGAGCUGUAAAGGAAUCCCAUUUCUCUGUGGCUGUUAAGACUAAAAUGUGAAUAUAAUUUCAAGUUAUACAUAACUGAAUUUGUUAUGAAUACAAAAACACAGCUCGAACUGAGAUUCAGUGCAAAUGAAAGUUUGUGUACGAGAUUGAGCCUGAGUGAUGAAGAGCACAGAAUUAUUCACUCUAAAUCUUGUCUGGUAUGUUUAAGAUUCAACAUAUUCAGAGUUCCUUGUGUAAUACAGAAGUUUUUUUGGGUUAGUGUUGAUGUUGAAUGCAAAAAAACUGCAAACAUACUAGUUAACGCAGUAAAAACAGCACUUAGAAAAUGUCAUUUGUGGAAAAAAAACUUUAUCACACCCUCACUUUAAGCAUGUGUACCUGAGAUAGGAAUGUAUUUUUUUAACAAUGUUCAGCACAUGUUUUUUAAAUUCCACUUAAACUGUUCACCUCUGGCUUCCACCGCAUGCCAUUUGAUGUAAAGAAAUGUGUGUCGUAUUGGAAACAAAAAUGUGAUUUUUUUCAUUUUUUUGUUAAUUUAUUUUAGUCAAGGUGCAAGAAAAUCUCUUCUCUGUGAGAAGGUUUAAGUAAGGCUUUUAAUAAAAGUGCAAUGCUUUCAAAUAUGAAGUAAUCACAGUUCAUUAUUUCAUUUUCCAUUGCCAAUCAAAUACUUCAUGUAACGAUAUCUAAAAUCAGACAGGAAAAUUGCAAUAUUUAAUUGUGAUUUUAGUACUAAAUUAUUGGAAACCAAAUAGUAAGACAAAAAGCCAAACAAAACAGUAUUCAAAUUGGUGGACAACACAUAUAAAAAAGGCAUCCUAAGAAUAUCUUCUCUAACUAAAUGAACUAAUCAUCUGAAAAGAUUUAGCAGUCUGCUAUUUCAAUGUGACUUACUGUAUGGUAUCAUGUCUUGUGAAAGUCUUCAAGGCUGAGCAGAAGUUGUUUUUUAUCAAUACUGCAAUCCUGGUGCAUGAUUUCAUUCAAACCAGAAAGGGGUGGCCAUUUAACUAUUUAGAGUGUUUGAAGCUAUUUUGAGUUUUGUACAUAUUUUUUCAAGUAUUUCUGUAUUUUUAUUAAAGUCAUUGCUGCCUUGCUUAUAUUAAGUCAUAAAAUUUAUUGAUGUACAGUUAACUAUAACAUAUUUUUGAAAUUAAUAAAAAUACGUGAAAGAAACAAAAA